AUGAACGCCCUUCCACUGUCAUUUAUUUUUCAGUCCCUUCCUGGAAUGCGCAUCUGGCUGCUCAUUGUCCUGCACCUGCUACAUCCUAUUCGGCUUAUCUCUGGCCAGUUAAUUGACACCGUCAAUGUACAGGAGAACAGUGAAGUGGGGACAGUGGUCUACGACCUACGUGAGCGGCUUCUCCAAACACUCUCUAUCGAUGACCUCGCUAACGUUACGGCCUACGCAGGACAACAAGACCUCUUCUGGCCAUUUGCACUGAAAGACCUCCGUAUUAUCGUUGCCCGACGUCUAGAUCGUGAGGAAAUCUGCAGUAAACAGAACAGCGCCCAGCAGAGCGCCCUCAAGCAGCGAAACAUGUUCGGUGGCGCUGACAACUCUCAUACAGCUGGCACCGGCGCCGCUGAGAGUACUGUAGAUUGGAAUCCUCAAGACUGUCCUACGUAUGACUGCUGCCAAUUGCUACCUGUAAAUGUCAUUAUCAGCCCCACUAGUCCCACCCAAGUCUUUUUUAUUCGUGUAGCCGUGCAAGACGUCAACGACAAUGCUCCAUCCUUUCCCCACGUGGAGUCACCCUUCGCUACAAUACCCGAGGAUGUAGCAGUUGGAACCCGGAUAUUCUUGCCAGAGGCUGCUGAUGCCGAUAGUAGCACCGAGGAGGGGACGGUUCCCUACAUAAGUCCCAAUGAUAAGGACUUUGCUGCAAUGAUAAUGAGGCCAGCCCUUAAAGUCGUCAGUUCUUUGGAUCGUGAAACGGAAGAAUUGUACGAGUUCGUCCUUGAGGCUAUUGACGGUGGCGGUGGCGGCGGCGAUUGGAAUGAAAAUGGACGCGUAUUUGUGAACAUUCAGGACUCAAAAAACCGCGCAAACAGCCUCUUUCGAGUUGUCCUCCGACCCGCCCCACUGCCGUCCUCAGAUUACGUGGGUCGUUAUCAAGGCGUCAACAUGCUGCCCAGCAAGCCACAGGGUUCCUACUAUACCGGCUAUCUGCAGUUGUUGGACUACCUGGACGCAGAAGUUUUACCUCCCCAAAUGCGAUUUCAAAUCUUAGCGACGGAUAACGGACAACCACAGCUGUCCUCUAAGGCAGAAGUGGUUAUAGAUCUGGUGAACGUCAACGACCACGCUCCGAGUAUCAUCUUCCUGAGGGAGGGCAAGCGACUGGGUGAGAAUCGCCUCACCCUGCCCGAGGUACUCACACCACCGGGAUCCAUGGUUGCUGAGGUGCACGUCACAGAUGCCGACUCCAGUCUCUCUCAGUUGACCUGCCGAAUCACUAGGGAAACAGAGACUUUCAGUCUGCUGGAAGUAGAGGCAUUAAAUAUUGGUGGCAGAAAUGCUCUGUCCGCUGGUUUUGGUCGACCGGCGUUGCCACUACUCUUCUCCAGCUAUCGUCAGUUCUCUAUCCGAACGAAGGCUAAACUAGACAGAGAAGCAAAAAGUGCCUACAUGUGCAUAAAUCUGUUCUUUGUGGACCGCGCACACCAUAACACUACUAUAGCGAAAACGUACACUUAUUAUGUGGAUCAACAGAUCUUCAAUAAAUGCGUAAGUGGUCCAGUUGUCAUUUAA